AUGGUUCCGCCGUCCCCGUCCUCCUCUCCCUCCGGGUCGACGGAGCGUCUGGCUGAGGAGCUGAGCCCGGUACUCGAGCACCUCAAGAACCUCUGUGCGGAGGACGCCCUGGCCCUGACGCCAGCUCUCACGGCCACCGAAUCUCUCCUACGGCUCCGCCACACAUUUAUCGACAAUGCCCGGCCCCGAGCUGCCAAGGAUGCUUUUCGGCACCUUCGUGGCUUCGAGACCUUGCUGGACCUGGCCGACCAGCUAGCGGAGCUGUAUGACCAGGACUCCUUCGCUCAGGAACAGCGAAAAGACCUGCUAGGCGUGUACAAAGACCUUCUGGCGGUCCUGGCUGAGGGUCUGAAGGACCACUCGGGCAAUAGACGAUAUUUUGCCCGCCGGAUACCUGGAGGAGGGACCGCUGCGCUGCAGCGAACUCUGGCCGUGUUUGUCCAGAAGAUAGACAAGGCCGAGAACGACGCACAGCAACUCUACGGGGCCAUUCUUGCUGCUGGUUUGUGUCAGGAGACUGUCUCUGGUAUUUUCGUAACUUUGAACACCAAGCUUCUCCAGAGUAACCAUUCCCCAUCUCCGGAAGAGGUCCAGGAUGCCGUGCGACAAUGCCUGGGGCCUGCAGAGACCGUGGAUGUCCCUGAGAUCCUGGGACCAUUCCUCCGCGUGUGGCUGAUGCACCCGUCCGCCUCAUCCGACCACAACAUUCAACGCCUGACGGUCCCUGCGUGUCUGUGCCACUUGGCCUCCCAAUCCCAACGGAAUAUCGUAGCCCUACAUGCCACCGGAAUGCUAACGUCAAUCCUUCCGCUCCUGUUUGACGACAACCGGUCUGACACCGAGAAGACCCUCUAUCAAGAGCUUGCUCGGCUUCUCAGUGUCCAGGGCAUGUACAGCUUGGACGAUGCUGUGACCUUAUACCGCCGCUCACACGAAAGCCCCCAAGCUCUGAAGUUCCUUCUGGCUGUUCUCAAAGGUUCGAAAGAGCCUCCCUCAAUCCAGUUCGACCUCUCUCUGCAUGGAUACUGCUCAGUGGAAUUCGCGACUCUCGGCCGUUCCUUUCCUCCAUCUUCCUCAUCCGGCUACACAUUGACUGCCUGGGCUCGUUUUGACGAAUUCGAUCCUAAUACGCAUACCACCCUUUUUGGGGCCUUUGAUCCGACCCAAACCUGUUUCCUCCUAGCAUAUCUGGAGAAGGAUACCCGCAACUUCAUUCUCCAAUCGUCAAUCCGCAGCUCGCGGCCCAGUGUCCGGUUCAAGUCGGCCUCGUUCGAGCCAAACCGUUGGUAUCAUAUCUGUGUGGUGCACCGAAGACCAAAGCCGACGGGAUCUUCCCGCGCAUCCCUUUUCAUAGACGGCGAAUUCGUUGAGCAGUUGAAGAUCGAAUACCCCACAGCUCCGGCCGUUCAAAGCCAGCACAGAGUGCCGCGGAUCCAAGCAUUUUUCGGCACGCCUCAGGAUCUGGCCAUGCGUCUUGGGAAGGGCGUGUCGACAUCUCGAUGGUCUCUGGCAAAUGGGAUUUUGUUCGACGAAGCAUACAGCGACGAUAUGGUUGCCGUGUUCUACAAUUUGGGACCCCGCUAUUACGGCAAUUUUCAAGAUUGUCUGGGCUCUUUCCAGACAUACAAGGCAUCGGCGACCCUCAAUCUUCGCAACGAACAUCUCCAUCCGGGCAAAGAGGAAGUGUCAGAUAUUGUUACAGCGGUUCGGCGACGAGCCAGUACUCUCGUUCGCGAGACCUCGAUAUUGGUUAAUGUCUCCCCCGUGGCGGUUCUUGAUGACGAUGAUACCAACAACGUCGAUGAGUCGCAGCUCCUCAAAUGCCUAUCUCGACAGGCGGCACGGAGUCUACAUCAGCUGACCAAGGCUGGUGGGAAUGCAGUGGCAGUGAACGGUGCCACUCCAGCCAUUAACGACGGCUUGACACAACCUCAGGGCGUUGGAAUUUUGACGGGGAACCCCGUCGUCGCCGUACCCAGAGCAUUGGAUGAUGCCAGUUGGUGUAUAGGCGGCUGCGCCGCCGUGCAUCUGAGUCUGGUUCAAGUAGCCGACACUGUGGAAGGAACUCGAUUAGCGGUGGCUGCUCUCUACGAAGCCGUGCAAGACAACUGGAGAAAUAGCGAGGCCAUGGAGAGAGAAAACGGAUACGGCGUUCUUGCAGCGCUGUUGCGUGACAAGCUUGGGUUCCAGUUUGGCAACUAUACUCCAGCGGGGAAGACUGCUCUUCUCAACCCCAACAUCGAAGAACAGGGUAUGCUGUCGCUUGAGCUGCUGCGUCUGACGCUUGGAUUUGUGGGAUACAAUUUCGAGCACCCAAAUCGUUCAAUCAUCACAAAUCCCCUGGCGUACCGGGUUCUGCUCAUUGAUAUGGAUGUUUGGCGAUUUGGAGAGCCCCCCGUUGUUGAUCUGUAUUACGCGCAGUUUCGCACGUUUGCGUCCGAGAGUAACCAUCGCAGAUUCAACUCCAGACGGCUGAGUCGCAUGCGCGUCAACAAGAAACUGCUCGAAACCUUGAAAGGAGGAGAUUUGACUCAAGAAUCGCUCAAACCAUGCUUGGCCACUCUACGUGUCUUGAUGGACAGCAGCCUGUCUCCUGAUUCCCUUCGCUCGCUUGCCCUCUCAAUCACAUACUGCCUGCACAAGCCGACACCAGCUGCCAGCCUUCAGAGGAAAAAGAGCCUUCGAUUUGCACCAGCGUCCUCACGGCCGGCCUCGUCAAAAUCCGAGAAGUACACGCCUGGUCCCACAUUGGGACUGGAGAUGCUGCGCGUCUAUGCCUCCGUGCUGUGCAACCCUCAUGACCUGGUGCCGUUGAGGAAAUUUGCCAAAGCUGUUACGAAUAAGUGGCUCUUGUAUCUGCUGUCCGAGGAUGACCCCGAAGUUGUAGUGUUGGCUGCUCGAAUCCUUGCUCGAUUACUGGUUAUCCAUGGUGCCAGCUACAGCAAGAAGUUCACAGAUAGAAACGGCGGCUACAUCACCAUAGAACACUCCUUGAAGAAGUGGUGGAAUAUACCAGCUUUGUGGCCCAUCUGCUUUUCCAUAUUCUUUGGUCAGGACAUUGGUCUGAUGAACCUUGAAAGGCCAUUUGAUCAGUCGGGCCUACUCAACCUAUUCUUCCCGAAUGGGGAGAUAAAGGUUCAAUUUCCGGAUAUGUUGUCCACCAUCGUGGAAAUGGUUAAGAGUGGUCUCAGAAGCAUUACUCAAGAAAAUGAUCCUAUCGAGGAUGGCCAAGAGUCUUUGCAAUCGCGCGCCGAUCGCCAGGAGAACCCCAAAAUGGGUUCCACCAAUUUAAUCGGAAUCCACCCGUCCGAACGUGUCAUUCACGGCUUCAAUCUUUUAACCUCUGUGGUUCAAUUUCUUGCCGAAGCACGCAAAAGGUCACAAAAUUUCCGGGAUUUCACCGUGCAAUCCAAUUAUGUUCAAGAACUGCUCUCGGUUCUGUAUCCAGUCGUUGUGGGCGUGGACGCUGUCAGCGCCGAUGCAGAACUCAAAUCUCGGUAUGGAGGACUGAGCUUCGACGAUAACAACCUUGUCAUGCGGCCACGUUCCAGCGCCGCCAAUGCAUCUAGCCUGCAGAGUUCGACAGUCGAGCGAGCCGAAAGCCCAGGUGAAAGUACUGGCUCUUUGCAAGGUCGUUCGUCAUUCAUUCUCGUCUCCUCGAACAAACCCAAACCGCAGCCUUCUACCGCGCGCAUUCGCCGCGUUGCAUUCUUCAAUUCUUGGGUCUUCAACAACUUGUUGUCGACAAUCCAGGAUAUCCCUUCCUCUCUGCCUCGCCUGCUUCAUGAACCCCGUACCCUCAUUAACCUCUCGCGCUUUGCAACACACCUGGCUGAGGCGGUCUAUGAAGGGUGGUUCAUCAACGGCGCUGCAUCGACCCUUGAAUGUCUGGGCACAAUUCUCGAGUAUCUUCAGCGGCCCGAUGUUUCGCCUCUGAAAAGCAUUCGGCUGUGCAGCCAGGCCGUUGGAACCAUACACUCGACACUCUACAAAGUAGUUUUGUUUCAGUUGUCGGAAGCAGACGAUGAUGACGUGCUACCUCUGCUGAACCGGUUGAAUUACUGGCAGGUAGUGCUGCUCUAUGCUGCCGAAACACAGUCGAAGCAUUUGCAAUUGUUCUGCUAUCUCCUGUACAACAGUUUGAUCAGCGACAAGGAAGAUAUCCGUCUGUCUGCUGCGAGGCUUUGGCGUAUAAUUCUCGUACAGAGGCCGGAUGAGAUCACGAAUCUGCUGAGCCGCGGACCUCCCAGUCUGCAAAAUCGACUGUCUUAUGGUUUCAAUGCGCUCUCAGGGAUGGAUGACGAGGCUUUCCUACAGUGGAUCGAUGACCAGCGGGACGAUCUCGAUGCCUUGUUCUUUGGCAUUCUAUCUCGGUCGUGGGAGACAUUCGUGCAGGAGGAAAAAGCAGCCAGCGAGGACUCUGCAAAACAUCGUUUCUCAAAGCGCAAAGAGAAACUCAAGCAGUGGGCCCAUAUCGAGAAGUUCCAUGAAGACAUGACUCGGAAGCAUGAUGCCACCCUGCCCCAUUGGAUCUCAAACAUAUCCGCAUCCGAGUUCAUGAAGUCUCAGCGAGCGCUACAGGAUCUUCAAGAUAACACCGUGUUCAUGUGGUCAGCGCUCUCCAAUCUCUUGCUGAAUCUGCGACGGCCCGGUGGUCUCCUUGCUGAAGAUAAGGAACGAAAAUGGAGGCUUGAUCAAACCGAGGGCCGCAGUCGCAUGCGGUUGCGGCUUGUCCCGGAUGAGUCGGGCGAGCGACAAGAUUACCAGCCGAAGCGCAAGGCAUCCGAACCAUCUUCGCUCAAAAUCGAUACCCGGUUGCGCGCACAGUCCGACGGGGGCCAGACUAUCUCCACCCCGACUGUGCUGGCCGCUGAACCUGCCGAGAAUGAGCCCCAGGAUGGUGGUACCGAGAGUCCCAGCAUGCUUGAGGAUAACUUCGAGAUGGUCGAGGAUCCCAAGCUUGAAAUCGAGGAGUACGAAGAUAAAAAUAGGAAGGUGAUGCGGUCUCUCCAUCGCGGUGACCAGGUUCAGAACGUCUGUAACAUGUCUCGAAUUAUCGGUCUGGAAGCCGUAGAGGGUCUCUUGAUCCUCGGCAAGGACUGCGUCUAUAUCCUAGACAAUUUCUUCCAAAGAGCCGACGGCGAGAUCGUCGACGUGUGGCAGGCUCCUGGCGAAGAGCGCGACCCGUAUGUACGGAUGAUUGCUGGACGUGAAUCCAAUGAUCGUCGCUCCCAAGAGCACGAAACAAGGAGCUGGAAGUGGUCGGACUUGGUCAGUGCAUCGAAACGCCGGUUCUUGUUUCGCGAUGUGGGCUUGGAAAUUUUCUUCACCGACGGCACCAGCUACCUGUUGACCCUCUUCUCACCAAAGGCGCGAGAUGACCUAUGCAAUCAGCUCGGGCACAAAGCUCCGCAGGUCACGGGAAGCACGGGACAUUCCAGACCAGAAGAUAUCUCGCGCUUUGAAACGCUGCGCAGCCAGGAAGACGCGCCACAGUCAUUGGGAUCCAAAUUCGCCAGCGUCUUUGGCCAUCUUCCGGCUAAUCCGGCAACUCGAAAAUGGGUUCGGGGAGAGAUUUCCAAUUUCCAUUAUCUCAUGUUGCUCAAUACGCUUGCGGGCCGGACGUUCAACGACUUGACCCAAUACCCUGUUUUCCCGUGGGUUCUGGCAGACUACACGAGUGAAGAACUCGAUCUCUCCAACCCCAGGACCUUCCGAGAUCUCUCGAAACCAAUGGGCUGUCAGACUUUAGAGCGCGAAGCUGGCUUCCGAGAGCGAUACAACGCCUUCGCCGAGAUGGGUGAUAGCAAUUCCCCACCAUUUCAUUAUGGGACCCAUUACUCGUCGGCCAUGAUCGUCAGCUCAUACCUCAUCCGUCUCCAACCUUUCGUCAAGUCGUACCUCCUCCUGCAAGGCGGGACGUUUGACCACGCGGAUCGUCUUUUCUAUUCUAUCCGCAAGGCGUGGGAGUCUGCAUCGCGUGGAAACAUGUCCGAUGUGCGAGAGCUGACCCCGGAGUUCUUCUAUCUCCCCGAGUUCCUGGUAAACUCCAACAAAUACGACUUCGGCCUGCUCCAAAACAUGACCACGGCCAUCGACUCGGUCGAGCUUCCCCCAUGGGCCAAGGGUGAUCCGAAGAUCUUCAUCGCCAAGCACCGCGAGGCGCUCGAAAGCCCGUACGUAUCGGAGAACCUGCACCACUGGAUCGACCUGGUCUUUGGCAGCAAGCAGAAAGGUGACGCUGCCGUCGAGGCUGUCAAUGUCUUCCACCAUCUUUCUUACAAGGGGGCCAAGGAUCUGGAUGCCAUUGAUGAUCCCAUGGAGAGACUAGCUACCAUUGGCAUUAUCCAUAAUUUCGGACAGACUCCACACCAGAUCUUCCAGCGGCCUCAUCCGCAGCGCGAGGAUCAGCGGUACCGCGUGCCACGGUUGGAUGCUCUGGCGGAAUCGUUGACACAGAUGCCGUUGUCUCUGGUUGAUAUCGAAGAGCGUGUCGCCACCAUGUCAAUGAAGCAAGACCGUCUGUUAUGUACUACCGCUCUCCGGCUGAAUGUCCCACCCACCUACGACCAGUAUAUGGAGUGGGGCUUCUUUGACGGCAGUGUUCGGUUCUAUGCUACAGAUAACCACAAGCUUCUGGGCCACUUUGAACAUCUUCAUGUCGGUCAGCUUUCCUAUGCCCUCUUCGCCGAUUCUCGAACCCUCGUCACCUGUGGCACGGACUGUACGAUUUCCCUGUGGACGGUCACUACCACCUCCAAGUCAGUCGACCUCCAGCCUAUUGGGUCGCUGUUUGGCCAUCGGGCCCCGGUUACCAUGCUGGCCGUUUCCCGCUCGUUCAGCGCAUUACUCUCCGCAUCCGCGGACGGGCAGACCAUGCUCUGGGAUCUCAAUCGCCGAUCAUUCGUCCGAGCUCUUCCAGCCCAUGGGCCAGUGGAUUGUGCCCGGAUCAACGACGUGACCGGGGACAUCAUGGUCUGCCGCGGCGGCCGAAUCACGCUGUAUACACUAAACGGCACGAUCCUCGUCGACCAGCCUGUUUGCGAAUCCAACGACGAUCGCGUCCUCUCCUGUGUCUUCUACGAGGGCGCGCACAACGAAUGGCUAGAGCGUGAGCUCGUCCUGACUGGGCACUCGCGCGGCGUGGUCAACAUCUGGACCAAGGCCAUCCGCGGCAGCCGGUGCGAACUCGAGCUGAUCCGCCAGUUGCAUCAUACCGACAGCAGCCGCGACAAUGGGGCCAAUAUCUCCGCGGGGAUCACCUGCAUUCUGGCGCAGGCGCAGGUGGUGUAUACGGGGGAUGAGGCUGGUCGGGUGGUAAGUUCUUACCCUGCAUUCUAA